AUGUGCACUAAGGGAGCGUUUCCACACAGAUCUGCAUCUUCCUUACCACUACAUGUGUGCACACAUAUAUCCGUGUGUGUGCCAGUGCUUUGGGGCUCUGUUCCAUGGGGCAUGAAGUUACAGUGUGUUUCCCUUUGGCUCCUGGGUACAAUACUGAUGUUGUGCUCAGUAGACAACCAUGGUCUCAGGAGAUGUCUGAUUUCCACAGACAUGGACCAUAUAGAAGACAGUUUCCAAGAAAUCAAAAGAGCCAUCCAAGCUAAGGACACCUUCCCAAAUGUCACUAUCCUGUCCACAUUGGAGACUCUGCAGAUCAUUAAGCCCUUAGAUGUGUGCUGCGUGACCAAGAACCUCCUGGCGUUCUAUGUGGACAGGGUGUUCAAGGAUCAUCAGGAGCCAAACCCCAAAAUCUUGAGAAAAAUCAGCAGCAUUGCCAACUCUUUCCUCUACAUGCAGAAAACUCUGCGGCAAUGUCAGGAACAGAGGCAGUGUCACUGCAGGCAGGAAGCUACCAAUGUCACCAGAGUCAUCCACGACAACUAUGAUCAGCUGGAGGUCCGCUCUGCUGCCGUGAAAUCCCUAGGAGAGCUCGACAUCUUUCUAGCCUGGAUUGCUAAGAAUCAUGAAGUAACGUCCUCGGCCUGAUGACAAGGAACCUGUAUAGCGAUCCAGUGACGAACAUCCCCUGUGCGAUUUACUGUGGGAGACGGCCCACCUUGAAGGGGAAGGAGAUGGGGAAGGCCCCUUGCAGCUGACAGUCCCACUGGCUGGCCUCAGGCUGUCUGAUUCCACUUGAAAAUAGUCAAAAAGUCUACUGUCGUAUCAAUACUGAACUCUAUCUGCUGAAAGGGCCUGCAGGACCUCCUGGGAGUAAACGGCUGCCUCCCCUCUAAUUUAUUGUGAAGUCAUAUAGUCCAUGUCUGUGAUGUGAGCCGAGUGUGAUAUCCUGUAGUACACAUUGUACUGACUGGUUUUUCUGAAUAAAUUCUGUAUUUUACAUAUGAA